AUGCGAUGUGGACAAGUAGAAUCGAAGUCCGUAUUGGCCCGCGUAAACAUAACGCCUUAUUUUAUUGAUGGUUUGCAAUGGAAAGUAUGGCUGAUAGCCACUUGCGAUUUAGGAAUAGAUUUACCACGAUAA